AAUAGUAUUAUACAGUAUUAUAUUAUAGUAUAUAAUAUGCAGUAUAAUAAGCUGAUGACAGUUAAAUAUUCUACUUGAGGUACUUUUAAAGUUUGAUAGCUGGUUUUAUCAGGCGGGAAAUAAAAUAUGAUGUUGUUUAUUCUUAUUAUUAUUCCUAAUACUACACAGGUAAGACAGGCAGGUAGUACAGGUAGUACUGAUCCGGUUCUGCUACCUGACGGAUGACGUCCCCAUUACAGCGCUCUGAUGUCACACUGACGACUGACGUCAACAGCUGCGUCCUGUCAUCUGAUUGGACGACCUGUCAUCACGCGCAUACACGCACACAAACACACACGCACGCGCACACACCUGGAGGUCCGUCUCCUGCAGUCGGCGGUGAGUCCUCAGCUGAGCAUCAGGACUCUCUCUGCUCCGCCAGACUUCACUGCUUUUAUUCAGGAUUUAGUGCAGAAGAUAAACAGCUUCAUGUGUGUUUCUGUCCGCGCGCUGCUCGCUCAACUCACACCGUCUGCAGCGCGCGCACACGCACAGCCCGACGCAACGCGCGCCGAAUAGAGACUGAGGAUCUGAGGAAGACUUCGGCUCAUCUUCUGAGUCCAGGGAAUCCCUCCUCCUCCUCCUCCUCCUCUUCAUCAUCAUCACCUCAUGCUCCAGGACUUGGCCCUUGGCCCUGACACUGUUGACGUUUCCAUGGAAACCCUGGCCUCCGUUUGGGCCCGUGACCCCUGUGACCUCAGUGACCUCGGAGAGAAGUCGUCUGUUUGGGAGUCUCAGUGUGUUUUUAACAGUUCGCCUCCUGCUGGUCUGAUGUGGACUAAACAGCUCUCCCCUCACCUCCAGAGGAACAAACAGCUUCAGGACACUCUGCUGCAGAGAGAAGAGGAGCUGGUCCGACUGCAGGACGAGAACAACAAACUCAGAGAGUUCCUCAACUCCUCUUUUGUGAGGAAUCUGGAGCAGAAAGCAAAGAAACUCACCCCUGACGGGAGGAGGAAGCUGAAGAGAAACCUGACGUACGUCGAUGACGGACCUUUCCAGAACCAUCAUCAGCUGCUAACAUCCCAGCAGGUCAGCAAGAGAGUCUGCAGGAACCUCACUGCCGAGUUCUGCUCCGAGUCCUCCGAGACAUCGUCCUCCUCAGAACCGAACCUGGACCUCUGGGUUCUACGAACACUGGGACUGAAGGACCGAGACACCAUCGACACAUCCAGCGACUCCUCGUCCUCGUCCGGAUACGGCCUCGGUAGUUUAGUUUACGAUGCUUCAGUCACCUCUUCCUCGUCCUCUGAAUACACUCUCGACUCCUCGUUCAGCUCUUCAGUCGCCUCUUCUACGCCGACCUCGGUCCACAGCUACUGCCAAAGAUCGGCGCAGCAGACCGACUGUCGGUACGGUGCUGCCGAAUGCCGAGAAGCAAACCGCGGUAAUCCUGCCAAGUCACCUCAGAACUGCACAACUUCUCCGGGUCAACGCUCCGACUUCACUGCCGCCGGACUGACCGGACGGUAUGAAACUCCUGAAGCUGAGAUCAGGAGCUUCAACACGUUAACUUCCUUCCAUCCUCCGACAGAAGAACUGCCCUUCACCCCGUCACCGGACAGAGCCGCGAUCUGCUCCGUCACAACCUCCAGUCGAGUCCGAACUCUAGAGGGAAAACAUCCGACGUACUGGUCUCCACUGAGCGGCAGCCGGACGCAAUCACAGGACACAAUCCGGUUCAGUCCACCUGGAGAACGAGUCCCUUUCUCGCCUAUCGCGUCUUCGAGUCCAGUCCUGAACCAGCUAUGGACGCCCGUCCGCGGCGGCAGCCUGAAGAGUCCGUCGGCGAGAUCUCAGACGCCACGCAGACGGACAGAUUUGGCGUUCAGUAUGUCCCUCAGCCCGUCCAGCAGCGUCAAGACCCACAGCUUCCCCCAGGGACAAGCCUUCGUCAGAAAGGACACCGAGGGAAGGUGCAACUUCACUUGGGUCCCGACGCAAGGACGAUAGGCGGCGCAGAAAAGAACCGGAUUCUGUGUUGUUGUUGUUGACUGAACAAGCGUCCCGGGCCAAACCUCCAGGACUAUAAGUCCAUGUUGAACUUUGUUCUGGACCCUCUAAGUGGUUCUGAUCACGCAAGCAGGAAAACCAAGGCCUUAAAAGACACUCAGGCAACAAUUCAUACUGACAUAUAUCUCUUUAAACGGCUCUCAAAGACCUCGACAUGAUGAGAAUGGAUGCAAAGACUUUUGCAAAGAAGUUUAAAAUAUCCUACAGGAGGAAAAGAACAAUGCUGAACUGUGGUACCGUGAGACUAACCCGUUUAUUUUAGGAUUCAUAUCUAGAACCAAACUGUUGAACAUUUUACAUUUUAGGUAGCCGACUUACAAUGAGUGUAAUAUUAAAAAUUAACGCUGAAAAUGACGUCUAUCGACCCUUUUAGUGAUGACGUCAUGAUGAGGUCCCGGUGUUAGCUGGAGGCUAAACAAAGGAAAGACUGGAGGCUAACUAACGCUAGCAGAGGGCUAAAGUUCCAGAUAGUUAACUAUAGACAUCCAAAGAUUUAUACGCCCUCAAUUUAUCUUUACAGCGCUGACGUUGGCCACCGGCCCGCUGGUCGGACGGCCGACUACUUAGCUAGCUUAGCUCUCUAAUUCCACCAUGCAGUCAUGAAACACAGAACAUGAGGUGAACCAAGUCGUCCCUCAUCUGCUGAUAGCACGGUGCUUUCCUACGCUGGGACCAGAGUGUGAGGAUGAAGCAUCACGUUGUUACUCAUCGAGCGACUGGGUUGAGGUUUAUAUUUAGUUUGACUGUGAAACUGCCACAUAACAAUAUCAGUUAUAUUGUUAUAUUACUAAAUGUUAAUGCAGAACAGGAAGACGGUGCCACAAAACGAUGACUGCCUCCGAACUAAAGACAUCUGAACUGCUCUUCGUGGGUUAUUAGGAUAGAAGAAUCGGGGAAACGACAGAUGUUGUGUUACCUUAAAUACAAAUGUUAAUGUUAAAGCUGCCACUGAUUGGUUGGAGGGUGGCGUCCAGACGAAGGACGUGUAGUUUGAAUGUUGCUCACUGCCGUUGUUGUUAACCCUGUUUUCAGAUCAACAGCUAACUCGUACAAAUGACUCGUAUGUUAUAAAUGCUGAUGUGAGCGUCACAGAUGUUUGUUCUUAAAGCAACAACAACAAGUCAGAAGCAACGGAGACACAUUGAAGUUAAUAAAUGUCUCCAACAGGCUGUAAUGUUUUCAUAUUGACGUGUACAGAAUGUAAAUACAAACUGUUGACUAACAGAAGAAAACCUGAUUCACAUUCA